UACCCAGCGCACACCCGCUGUACCAUCUCCUCAGUCUAGAAUUUAAACUGUACAUGAACAGCCGUGUUAUAAGUGUAUUACAUUUUAUGGGCUGUCGGCGUUGCAUUACAGCUCUCCCUGUCCAUCCUGCAUAGUUUCUCCCCGUAAUAAGGGGAGACGCGCUAAAGCGCAUCUCUCCCCGUCUCCUAAUUGUGUGCAGACACUGCAGCAGCGCAUGUUGCGCGGGGGUGGCACCGGACGGGGCUCCUCCAGCACAAAGACACCGCUCACCUCCCUCCCCGGCUGAGGAUCUACUGCCAUCUCAGCGGAGCCCUGAACUUGCCUCACUUUGCUCCACAUCCCGCCGAAAGCGAUCGGAGUGAUCGGGAGCUGAAGGGGAGCCGGGACGCCGCUCCGGGGAGUCGCUGAGAUCUCCAGCGCUUAAGCGACCGAGGCUACCACACCGCGCAGAAGAUGAACCAAACAGCCAGCGUUUCGCAUCAGGUGAAAUGCCAGUCCUCCAAGGCCAUCAAGGACCUGAGCACCGGAAGCCCCCCCCAGAGGAACUGGAAGGGCAUCGCCAUUGCUCUGCUGGUCAUCCUGGUGGUCUGCUCCCUGAUCACCAUGUCCGUCAUCUUGCUCACCCCAGCCGACUCGUCUGGGGGCAGCGACACCAAGCUGACCGUGGACGACCUUUUCAAGCCCCACUUCGUCCCGCACGACCCGGAGGCCACGUGGAUGAGUGAAUCGGAGGUCGUGUACAGGAACCGGGAUGGUGAUGUCUUGAAGUUCAACGUGGCCACAAAUGAGACUGAUGUUCUUCUGAGAAACAGCACAUUUGUUGCUUUCAAAGUCGCAAAAUACUCGAUAUCCCCAGACAUGAAAUAUGUGCUUUUUGCCUACGACAUUAAGCAGGUCUACAGACAUUCAUUCUCUGCCUCCUAUAUAAUUUACAACAUAAACACCAGAGAGGUGCUGGAGCUGAAUCCCCCGGAGGUACAGAACUCCGUCCUGCACUACGCUGCCUGGGGACCCCAAGGCCAGCAGCUGAUCUACAUCUUCGAAAACAACAUCUACUACCAGUCAGACGUCGCAAGCAAUUCUCUCCGACUGACCUCCUCUGGUAAAGAAGGGGUUAUCUUCAAUGGGAUCGCUGACUGGCUCUAUGAAGAGGAGAUUCUGCAGUCUCACAAAGCGCACUGGUGGUCCCCAGAUGGAGAAAAGCUGGCGUACCUCACGAUCAAUGACACCUUGGUGCCCAACAUGGCCCUUCCCAGACUCACCGGCAGCGCCUAUCCCAGAGGGACACAGUACCCGUACCCCAAGGCAGGACAGCCGAACCCCACCGUGAAGCUGUAUGUCGUCAAUCUCUACGGACCCACGCACACCCAAGAGCUCCUGCCCCCCGAGAACUUGAAAGUCAGGGAGCAUUAUGUGGUGAUGUUCAAGUGGAUCAGCAGCACCAAAGCAGCUGUGAGGUGGCUGAACCGGGCCCAGAAUGUGUCUGUCCUUGCCGUGUGUGACACCACCAUCGGUGCCUGUAUCAAGAGACACGAGGAGACCUCAGAUGUCUGGCUAUCUAAACAGAACCAGGAAGCCAUCUUUUCUAAGGACGGCAGUAAGUUUUUCCUGACGGUGCCAGUGAAGCAGGGUGGACGAGGAGAGUUCCAUCACGUCGCCAUGUUUACGACGCAGUCCAGAGCUGAGCAAAAUGAAGUUCGACAUUUAACAUCUGGCAACUGGGAGGUGACCAGAAUCUUAGCGUACGAUGAAAACAGCCAGAACGUAUACUUCCUGAGCACUGAGGAGUCCCCACAAAGCAGACAGCUGUUCAGUGUCUCGACGGUCGGCCUGUUUCCACGGCGAUGCCUAACGUGCGAGUUGAACAAGGCCGGCUGCACCUACUUCAGUGCUGAGCUCAGUCCAGGUUUUCAGCAUGUCCUGCUUCACUGUGAAGGUCCUGAGGCACCAUCAGUGAUCCUGUACACUUUAAAUACUAACAACUAUUUUACACUGGAGGAGAACACAGUUCUCAAAGCAGCCCUGAGAAGCAAGAAGAUUCAGCAGACCCAACUGAAGCCAUUCCACGUAGAACACUUUGAACUGCCACUAAGAAUCUCCUUCCCACCGGAUUUCUCCGAAUCGAAUCAGUAUGGGCUUCUCCUGGUCGUAGAUGGAGCUCCUGGGAGUCAAUCAGUGAGUGACCAGUUUCUGUUGGACUGGGACUCAGUUCUGGUUAGUUCAGACAAUGUCAUCGUGGUCAGACUGGAUGGCAGGGGAACAGGCUUCCAGGGCCAGAGAGUUUUGCAUGCGGUGUACGAGCGCCUGGGAUCUGUGGAGGUGCAGGACCAGAUUGCUGUUCUGGAGUACAUGCUGAAAUUCCGUUACGUUGACCACACACGGAUAGGGAUAUUCGGGAAGGACUAUGGAGGAUACAUCACUUUAAUGAUGCUUAAAUCGACGGACACUCUGGUCAAAUGUGCAGCCUCUAUGUCUCCAGUUACUGACUGGAAACUCUACGCAUCGGCGUUUUCUGAACGAUACCUCGGGAUGCCAGCGAAGAACGACAACAGGUACCAGUUCUCCAGUGUGCUGCAGAACAUCCAAGGACUGCGAGAAAAGAACUUAAUGCUGGUCCAUGGAACCGCUGAUGCCAGCAUUCAUUUUCAGCACACAGCAGAGCUGAUUAAAAACCUGAUUAAAGUUGGAGCAAACUACACAGUCCAGAUCUACCCGGAUGAGGGCCACACCCUGUCCCAGAGGAGCACACAGCAUCUCUAUGUGUCUCUCGUGUCAUUCUUCAGAGAGUGCCUCAAAGAGGAGGUCUUGCUAGUACCAGAGGAACCAGAGGAAGACGAAUAGACGGAUGCACUAUAGGCGGGACUUAAUCACCAAUUUCCAUGAGACUUACUGAAGCUGCAAGAUGCUGGACGAUGUGUACAGCUGCUGCCAGACUCACAGAUAAGGAAAGAGUCUGAGAAAGGAGGACGAUGAAAGAGCAGCCAGCAAAAUGGCCAAACUCGCACUGUAGGAUCCUCGUAUAAUAAGACACGACUCAAGCUUCAGUAUAGAGAUCUUUCACCUGGAAGCACAGGAUAACUCCAGCCCCCACUACACACACAGAUACACACGGGAUGACUGGUUUCUACAUCCACAAUUACAAGUGCAUGGUUAUUUUAUUUUAGCUAUCCUUGCUUUUCCAUGUAAUUAUUUGUUGUGGUAUAUAUUUAAAAAGUUGUAUGAUUCCCAGAAGUCCCUGCUGUUCCCAGCUUCCCUCUCAUGUAUCAAUCACAGCGAAAAGAUUGACUUCUUUUUUUUGACAUCAGCGAAGCAAAUUCAGCAUUACUGUGACAUCCCUUAAAAAAGUGCAAUUGCUCCUCAACCCUGUUCUGUUCACCUCAAUAUGGACGGUAUUUUGUACAGUACAACAGAGUGUGUACAUAUAUAUUUUUUGGAUAUGUCUCAUAGUUGUCUAUGGAGAAUAAUUUAUUUGAACUAUUUUAAACUGACGUCCUUCAGUUUCGGUACUUUUUUUUUUCCUUAGGAUCGAUUUUGUAAUGCUUGGUAUUGUUCAUUUUGCUCUUUAUUAGAGAGGUUUGUGUGGAAUGGGACACAUUGUUAUUGUCUUCAAGUAAUGGUUAUAAAUAAACAAAUAAAAGUAAAGAGCUGUGAAAAGUA